UGAACAGCACAAGCUGGCAGACAGUAUCAAAGCCUACACAGAGCGGACGCGUCUCAUAAUUUAGAUCACUUUAGAAAACAUGUUUGUGGAGGAGGAUAAUAGGAGAGCCUGAACUAAAGGGGAUAGAACCUUUCGCUGUCAAACACAAUCUCAUCAGAGAUGGAGUUCCGGGAGAAGCUACUAAAGGUGGACCAGGCCCUGAACAGAGAUGACACAAAAGCUUUAGCCUUUCUCUGCAAGGAUAUCCUGAAAUGUGAUAUAAACUUGGUGGAGUCCCCCAUUGACCUCUUCCAACGUCUGGAGGAAAAAGACGUCCUCUCUGAGGAUCAGCCAUACCUACUCGCCGAUCUACUACGUGUCAUCGAACACUUUCAGUUACUGCGUGAGCUUGAUCUCAAUAGUACGAUGUCUACUACAGUAAACCCUAUCACCCCUUACAGGAAGCUGCUUUAUGAACUUUCGAAAGACAUCGGCCAAAAAGAAUUGAAAAAUAUCAAAUUUAUUUUGACCAAGGACCUCAAACGUUCAGCACUGGAGCUGAAUGUUUCUACACUUGAAGUCUUCUUAGAAAUGGAGCGCAUGGACCUUCUGAGCAGCUCUAACCUCCUCCGGCUGGAGCAGAUACUAAAAGAUGUCCGUCCAGUGUUGAGGAAACAAAUCCAACAGUUUAAGGACUCACCAGGAAAAAUAGCCCAAGAGACGGGACUUGUUGACCUCCGACCAAGGUCCUCAUCAGAUGCCUCUCGCCGUGGAAAGGUACAGCAGCAGAUGAUGAUCCCAAUGUAUAAAGAGCUGGAGGGUGCCGAGCAAUAUCCCAUGUCGGGUCAACAGAGAGGCUUCUGCUUGAUCGUCAACAACUUUGACUUCAGCUGUUCCAAAGGACCUAAGAAUCCGGAGGGGACAGAAAUUGAUGAAGGGAGGCUGAGUCUUGUGUUCAGCUGGCUGGGCUUCCAGGUGGAGGUGCUGCGGGACGCCACCAGAGACCAGAUGCUCUCCUCCAUGGAGAAGCUGGCCGGCAGGGACCACAGUGGGAUGGACUGCGUCGCUUGCAUCGUCCUGAGCCACGGCCUGAAGGGCGGCGUGUACGGGGUGGACGGGGGGGAGGUCCAGCUGGAGGAGCUCACAGACCGUCUGAAUGGGAUUGGGUGCCCCUCCCUGAGAGGGAAGCCCAAGCUGUUCUUCAUCCAGGCCUGCCAGGGCAACAAGAGGGAGCAGGGGGUCCCAGCCCAGGCCAACAGACCUGCCCGCCCAGAGGUCAGCGACCAGACCGACGGACCCAGCAGCCCUGGGGUCCACGCCCAGACCGACGGACCCAGCAGCACUGGGGUCAACAUCCAGACCGACGGACCCAGCAGCACUGGGGUCCUCUGCAGCGACGCCUCGGUCGCGAGUGAGUCGCUACCCAGCAUGGCCGAUUUCCUGAUCGCGAUGUCUACCCCUCCCUCCUAUGUCUCUUUUAGAAACGGAAAAGAAGGCACCUGGUUCAUCCAGUCCUUGUGCCAGAACCUUGUACGCUUGGUUCCAAGUCAAAAAGACUUAGCCAGUAUCCUGAAGGAGGUGAUCAAGGAUGUUUCAAAUAAGACAGACUCCAAAAAGAGGAGACAGAUACCCAUAUAUUCCACCAAUAUAUUGAAGCUUGUGGUCUUCCCAGUCCCUGAAGGGCCCCGUCCCAGUCUGCCCACCAGUCUGUAGCUUCCCGGGCUCGGUUCCAAUUGGUCCACCUCGGCCCUGUAUAGGUCAAAAGGGAGUCCCCAUAUUGUAAAGUUGUCCAAAAUGUGAGUGUACCAAUCUGGUUCCCCACAUGGUGCACUACUUAGUACCCAUAAUGCAUCGUAAAAUACGGUUUUUUUGCUUUUUGUGCUUUUUGCCUGCACUGGUAUGGUGUGCUGUGUGUGUUUAUCCCCUUCACUGCCAGCACAGGAUGCAGGAAAUGCAGAUUCUUGAUGCCACACACAUUAAUGGUCUAAAUGAGGAGAUGCAAAUCGGGAUCACAGAGGCCACCCAUAUGACAAUACAACAACCAACCGACUCUCUAUAGAAAUGUGCAUUUCCUGUAGAAAAGUGUGAGCAUUUGCCAUCGCUAGAUAGAUUUAACCCUGCUCUUGUGUUCCGUUGUUUCUGUAACUUCUCUUGUCCCUUUAUGUUUUCCCUUAUCGGGAAAUGGCUAGGUCAGUUUGGGGUACCCUUUCCAUGUGCAUCACAUAGGUUUUUCUCUGUCAAAGACAUUAGGUUAUUGGUGUGUGCCACCCCUGUAGUUUUGUUAAAGUAGAGAAUAGGAAGGUUUGUUUUCAUUCAUUUCUGUUACCUCUACUUUUAGGAAGACUGGUUUUGUCAUGUUAAGUUCUUUGAUUUGGCACCACCUCCAGUUCUCCCCCCCCCCUCCCCCUUUUUGUAUAGUGUGCCACACAUUAAAGACAUGUGACUCAACACAA